CAGGUUUGCCGUCAGUUCUUCUUGAAGACUUUAGAUGUAUCAGAAAAAGCUUCAAGAAUUGUUUUGGAGAAAAUGGUUCGUGGUGAACUGGGGACUGAAGGAGGUGGCCCAGCUACACCACCAUUGUUUAGUAAUCGUCCACAUUCAUCACAAGGAGAUAAUGAAAAGUCUGGUAAAGAAGAUGGCGAAGAUGAUGAUGAAGAGGAAUUGAAAAGUGAUGACUUGUCUUGAGUGAUGAUAGAUCAUAUAUCUGGACCAUUUUUGUAUGUUUCAACUUGCACUCAUCAUGUAGUUUAUAGUUUUUUGUCAUGUCUGAAGUAUGAGGUGAAAAGACAUCACAGGCUACAUGCUUUAUAAAGCAAAGGCAGUAUAGGAAGAGGAUGUGUAGUAAAAUUCAAGUAGCUGAGGCUUUCAAGGACCAAUAAGUUUUUGCUUGUGCUUUAUUAUUAAACAUAAUUUGUACUAUAAUAGGA